AUGAAAGGCGUGCAACGCAUGUGGACGAACCAGCGCUUCCUUGGUGACAGCUGGGUGUCGGUUGGGACUGAGGUCUGGAGCAAUGGAGGGUCCCUGGAUAAGUGUCCAGUGAAUCAUCGCUGUGCGGCUGUGAAGGAAGACGGAGUGCUGGAGGCCUGGAACUGUCAGGACCAACUGUACUUCAGGGGAAAUGGGGGUGUUUAA